CAAAAUGCACGCCCAAGAAGGAGAUUCCCCGGUGGGUUUCCAACGGUCUAGAUCAAAGCUAUGCUGCGUAUGUGGGGAUGAGAUUGGCCGGAGAGAGGAUGGGGAGUUAUUUGUGGCGUGCAAUGUUUGUGGUUUCCCGGUGUGUCGGCCGUGCUACGAGUAUGAGAGGAAGGAGGGCACUCAGUGUUGCCCUCAGUGUAACACUCGCUACCGCCGCUACAAAGGCUGCCCAAGGGUAGCUGGAGAUGAAGAAGAUGAUGAUGAUGACAAUGAUUUUGAAGAGAAGUUAGAUGUCAAGAGCCAUAGAGAUCUUGGAGUCCACCGCUCUGCCAUUGUUCCCUCGGAAAAUGGAGAUCCGAACCCGCUAUGGCAGCCCGGGGGUCCUGCUUAUUCUUCAUUCACCGGAAGUGUUGCAGGGAAGGAAAUGGAGGGUGAGAAAGAGGUUUAUAGCAGUGCAGAGUGGAAAGAGAGGGUGGAGAAAUGGAAGGAGAGGCAAGAAAAGAAAGGCCUCGCCCCUAAGCAAGAUGCACCUGCACAAGAUGAACCAGAUGACAUGUUGAUGGCUGAAGCCAGGCAACCACUAUGGCGAAAGGUUCCAAUCCCAUCGAGCAAAAUCAACCCCUAUCGCAUCGUCAUCAUCCUAAGGCUCGUGGUCCUUGGCUUCUUUUUCCGAUUUCGCAUAACCAACCCUGCAUCCGAUGCAUUCGGACUAUGGCUCACCUCAGUCAUAUGUGAAAUUUGGUUUGCUUUCUCUUGGAUCCUAGACCAAUUUCCAAAGUGGUUUCCUAUCACUAGAGAGACAUAUCUUGAUCGCCUUUCAGCACGGUUUGAGCCCGAAGGCGAGCCUGAUCGACUCUCUCCAGUCGAUGUCUUUGUCAGCACAGUUGAUCCAUUGAAAGAACCUCCAAUUAUCACUGCAAAUACUGUGCUAUCGAUACUAUCGGUGGAUUAUCCUGUGGAGAAAGUGAGUUGCUAUGUCUCGGAUGAUGGUGCGUCAAUGCUCUUGUUCGAUACUCUUUCGGAGACCGCAGAAUUCGCAAGGAGAUGGGUUCCUUUUUGCAAGAAGUAUAGCAUCGAGCCCAGGACUCCAGAGUUCUAUUUCUCACAAAAGAUCGAUUAUUUGAAGGAUAAGGUGCAGCCCAGUUUUGUUAAGGAGCGUAGGGCCAUGAAGAGGGAAUAUGAAGAGUUUAAAGUGAGGAUAAAUGCUUUGGUAGCCAAGGCUCAGAAGGCCCCAGAAGAAGGAUGGGUAAUGCAAGAUGGUACUCCAUGGCCCGGAAAUAACACAAGAGAUCAUCCUGGCAUGAUUCAGGUGUAUCUUGGUGCUGAGGGUGCACACGACGUUGAAGGCAAAGAACUCCCAAAACUUGUGUAUGUUUCUCGUGAGAAACGUCCUGGUUAUCAGCACCACAAGAAAGCCGGAGCCAUGAAUGCAUUGGUUCGAGUCUCUGCAGUCCUAACAAAUGCUCCUUUCAUGUUAAACUUGGAUUGUGAUCACUACAUUAACAAUAGCAAGGCCGUUAGAGAGGCUAUGUGUUUCUUAAUGGACCCUCAGUUGGGAAAGAAGCUUUGCUAUGUUCAAUUUCCACAACGUUUCGAUGGCAUUGACCUACACGAUCGAUAUGCGAACCGAAAUAUCGUCUUCUUCGAUAUCAACAUGAAAGGCUUAGAUGGAAUUCAAGGUCCAGUGUAUGUGGGAACCGGUUGUGUGUUCAAUAGGCAAGCACUAUAUGGUUAUGAUCCCCCAGUAAUGCGCAAGCGUCCAAAGAUGACCUGUGACUGUUUGCCAUCAUGGUGUUGUUGCUCUGGUGGAAGGAAGGCCAAGAAAGGGAAGAAGAAGGGCUCAUUUGAGCCAUUGUAUGAUACAACGGCUACAAACAAGAAGCUCUCGAGACGGGGGGGAAAGGGAGGUCCUGUUUUCGAUCUUGAGGAGAUUGAAGAAGGUCUUGAAGGGUACGAAGAGCUAGAGAAGUCAUGGCUCAUGUCUCAAAAGAACUUCGAGAAGAGGUUCGGGCAAUCGCCGGUGUUCAUCACUUCAACUCUAAUGGAAGAUGGGGGCUUGCCUGAGGGGACAAACCCUUCAGCUCUAGUUAAGGAGGCCAUCCAUGUCAUUAGUUGUGGCUAUGAAGAGAAGACAGAGUGGGGAAAAGAGAUAGGGUGGAUAUACGGUUCGGUCACAGAAGAUAUAUUGACAGGAUUCAAGAUGCACUGUCGAGGAUGGAAGUCGGUUUACUGCAUGCCUUCAAGGCCCGCAUUCAAGGGAUCUGCACCCAUAAACCUUUCUGAUCGUUUGCACCAAGUUUUGCGUUGGGCAUUAGGCUCAGUUGAGAUCUUCCUUAGUAGACAUUGUCCUCUUUGGUAUGGAUAUGGAGGCAACCUCAAAUGGCUUGAGAGGUUCGCGUACACCAACACCAUUGUCUACCCUUUCACUUCGAUCCCUUUACUCGCGUACUGCACCAUUCCUGCUGUUUGUCUCCUUACAGGAAAAUUCAUCAUCCCUACUCUCACAAACCUAGCAAGCAUCUGGUUCAUGGCCCUCUUCCUCUCCAUCAUCGCGACCGGAGUUCUUGAGCUUCGAUGGAGCGGCGUAAGCAUCCAAGACUGGUGGCGAAACGAGCAAUUCUGGGUGAUCGGUGGCGUCUCCGCCCACCUCUUUGCCGUCUUCCAAGGCCUCCUCAAAGUCUUAGCAGGUGUGGACACCAACUUCACUGUGACCUCAAAAGCAGCUGAGGAUUCAGACUUUGGAGAACUCUAUCUCUUCAAAUGGACGACUCUGCUCAUUCCUCCCACCACAUUGCUCAUUAUAAACAUGGUGGGUGUGGUGGCUGGUGUCUCUGAUGCCAUUAACAAUGGUUAUGGCUCUUGGGGUCCCCUAUUUGGAAAGCUAUUCUUUGCUUUUUGGGUCAUUGUCCAUCUCUACCCAUUCCUUAAGGGCUUGAUGGGGAAACAAAAUAGGACACCAACCAUAGUUGUUUUGUGGUCUGUUCUCUUGGCCUCCAUCUUUUCACUUGUGUGGGUUCGUAUUGACCCCUUCUUGCCUAAGCAAACUGGGCCACUGCUCCAACAGUGUGGGGUCGAGUGCUAGUCUCUCUCUCUCUAGCCCCAGUUUCUAGUUAUGGGUCCAAGUUUUAAGCUCUCCUUUUUUGUCUUUCUUUCUAUCUCAAUUUCUAGAUAUGGGAUCUAAGCGUAAAGCUCUCUCUGCCUCUCUUCGCCCUAGGUUAACCGGUGCUUCUUGCUUUCAAGUUGAAGUUUGCUGGGUGCACUAGCUGCGAAGAAAACGUAGUGCGCUAGUGCACACGUCUCUCUCUCUCUACCCAGUUUCUAGAUAUGGGUCUAAGUUUUAAAGUCUUCUUUUUUGCCCUCUCUAUCCCUAUAUGCCCAGUUUCUAGAUUUGGGGUCCAGUUUGAAGCUCUCCCUUUUGGCCUAAGCAAUGUAUCCAAAGAGUUUGAACCCCUUCUCACUCUAUGUAUAUGUUUUGAUUGUACAAAAGUGAUGUUUUGGUUGUUAAUGUGACACUUCACCGGAUUUGGAUAUAAAGUGUGAGGAUUCUUGCUUUA